UCUCUCCCUAAAGCAUGUCUGUUCCUUGAAGAGGAGAAAAAGUCUUUGUCUUUCCUUUAGCUUAAUUAGCAGCUCCUCUCUUUACAGCCCACUUCCCCUUUUUUCUUUCUUUCUCCGAUCUUUAUAUUGUCCCAGGGUUGGAUUUUGAAGAAUUAAGGCAUCACCAGAAGAUCGGUAGAAUAAAAAUGUUCCGUAAAGGCGAUUAUUUCAGGGAACAGUCUUUGAAUCCGAUUCCUGAUCUCUCCCUUCACAUUAGCCCUCCAGACAGUGCUCCUUCCUCAAUCUGCACUGCCACCAAUGAUUCUUCCUUUGAUAUCCGCGGCAGAGACGAUGGCAUAAGGUCCCACAGCGACGGUUCCGUCAAACCUGCAGGUUCCCAAGCCUACACAGACCUCUCCUUAGCAAAUCCGAACUCAGAAGCGGAAAACAGCCCCUGGACAAGAAAUAUCAAUCAAGGGAUCUCUUUGCUUGAUGUUUCCGGCCUUAAACCCAUAAAGGGGAUUCCGGUGUACAACAACUGUAUGUUCCCCAUUUCAGGUUCGGAUUUUCGAGACCUAGAUCAUAAUAGGCUGCGGUUUUAUCAAACACCAUCUCCAAUUACUCCAGCUAAUUCUGCAGUCUUGCACUCGACUGAUGAGCCUUGUAGGAUAGGAAGUACUGCUAGGUUUAAUGGGAUCUCUUUGGAAACAAUCAGACCCCGGUUUCAGUUUAACCAAUAUGGAGCGUCUUUGGCUUCUUCUGAGUUGUGUAAUGGUAUGAACAGAUCAAGGUUUAUACCUCCAAAGUUACAGAAGAGGAACAUGAGGGCUCCUCGAAUGCGUUGGACCAGCUCUCUUCAUGCUCGUUUUGUUCAUGCUGUUGAACUCCUCGGCGGCCAUGAAAGAGCGACUCCGAAGUCAGUUUUGGAGCUAAUGGAUGUGAAAGAUCUAACACUUGCUCAUGUGAAAAGCCAUUUACAGAUGUAUAGAACUGUUAAGAGCACUGACAAACCUGCAGCUUCAUCAGAUGGAUCUGGAGAUGAAGAAUUUUUGCCUCCCAGAAACACCCCUGAGCACUGUUCAUUAAACCGGAGUACUCGAUCUGGCAGUCCAAAUUUACCUAGAGAAUAUGUCAGUAAUAUUGCCCAUUCUUCCCCUAAUCUCUGGAGAAACUCUUCUUCUAGUGGAGGAGAUUGUUUGUCGCAUUCAAGGAAUCCAGGUGAAACUGCACCAGAAACCAUAUCAUCUCAACAAACAACAGAAAACCAGUUUGAUGAGGGAAGCAGUUUUGCUCAAUCAAAUAGGUUUUCUGGUUCAAACUCAGAUCACCUCCAUAAUCCAAGCUUGGAGUUCACCCUAGGAAGACCUGACUGGCAGAAUAAAGAACAUGACUAAGUUAUAAGUAAAUUGGUACACUACCUAAAUUUCAGCCUAAAACCCCAAAAAUGGGGAAGGAAAAAAAAAGUUGAAUGCAUAUAUUCAUGUCUACAUAUUAAUGUUUUUGAUCCAAUUCGAUGUUGGUGAAGUGAUGUUAGUUCUGAUUAGAUGAAAAGAAAAGAAUUAGGUUUAUAAUAUAUGGUGCAUUAUAAGGUUAAUAUUCGAUCUGCUUUUUAUUAUGUCUAGUGGGGUGAGUUGAGAGUGAUUAGUGUGUGAAAGCUUGACCUUAUUUUUCCAAAAAGCUAUGAAAAAAGGCAUUGUGGGUGUAAAGACGUGGAGAAUAUUGGAUUCAUACAUGCAUAAAGAGCUGCUUCUUUAGAUAUAAGAUGCAUUUGGCUACUAUUAACCCAUCAUGGGUUAGAGAAUUGAGAUUUGGAAUUGUGUUAGCAUUGCGGGGUGCAGUCUGUCCCAUCUCAAUUGUAUGCUUUAAUACUUUUACAAAAUGUUGGUGACUACUGCUCAAAUCUUGGGACAGAUAUGAUUCCAUCAACUUUUUCUUUUUCUUUCUUUUUUUUUUUUUUUUUUUUAAAAUUUUUCAAUCUUAAUUAGCUUUUACACAUAUAAAGCAUUUUGUGGAUUCUAUUCCAUCCAUGAUUGCUUGCAUGUCUAGUGUUGGGAAGCUGUCUGUUUCAUAAAUUUCAUUGAUAUUGCAACAGAGAAAAGACAACUAAACUGAAAGAUGCAGGAACAGCUAAGAAUGGAAUGGAACAUCAAGGACAAUAAUGCCUUUGUAAUGUUCAUUGAAUAAGUCUUGCACCUGCUGGUACCCUGCAAGUAAGAAUGAAGAAACUGGAUCUUC